UGUGGUUGUUAUCGCAGGUUCGCCUCUCCCGUGAGGCCAAACACCUUUUUUGUUUGGCCCGAUGGACCGGCGCCGGUUGCCUGGUCCAUCGGCGGUUCUCCGUUGGGCCAAGCAGUCCGUUGUUCGACGGUUGCGGCGGUUCAUUCCCCUCAUUAGCGCCGUGCCUUUUCUCGCGUUAAUUGUCUUCAUGCUUGCCCGCUCCGACUAUGAUCCGGGUACUGCGAGCCUUCCGGAAAUAUGCCAAACCCCGCCGAAGAUGCAACGACUGCAGCAGUCAUUCCCAUAUGCUGUCCCGCCGGAGUUAGAGAAGUUUUUGUUGCCGGACCACAACACCAGUGUCCCUGUAUUCAACAGCAGCAACAGCACGGUUCCAUUCCGACAGUGGAGUGUGAGUGAAGUGAGUGAUCUAGUGCGGCUGUCGAAUGCGGCCCAAGUGAUCCAUAACGAAGACGCGUUCGGGCCGGUGGACAACGCAACGUUGGUGAUCGUAGUGCAAGUGCAUUCCCGGGUCGAGUACCUGCGUCAUUUGGUGGUGAGCCUGGCACAGGCGCAGGGCAUCGAAGACGCCCUCGUCAUCUUUAGCCAUGAUCUCUUUGACGCCGAAAUCAACGAGCUGGUUGGCAGGAUCGACUUUUGUCGCUUCGCGCAAAUCUUCUUCCCGUUCUCCAUCCAACUGCAUCCGGACGAGUUCCCGGGCCAGGAUCCCAGAGACUGUCCUCCACUUUUGAAGCGUUCGGAGGCCGAGAAACUGGGUUGCAGAAACGCGCAGUGGCCGGACAAGUAUGGCCAUUACCGUCAGGCAGAUUUGUCGCAAAUUAAGCAUCAUUGGUGGUGGAAAGCAUGGUAUUUAUUUGAAGGAGGAUUUAAGGCAUUGGAAGGGGACUUGAUAUUUUUGGAAGAAGAUCACUGGGUUGUCAAGGACUUAUUGCAUACAUACCGUCUGCUCAAGCAGGAAAGCAAGAUGCACUGUCCGGAAUGCGCUAUUAUUAGUUUGGGAAAUCAAGUGGAGAUAACUCAGUGGAUCUCGUCCAAGCACAACAUAGGGAUGGCCUUUGGGCGAAAAACGUGGAACUCGGUGAAAGGCUGUGCGAAGCAGUUUUGUCUUUUCGACGACUACAACUGGGACUGGUCGCUCAUGUACAUUGGGAUGACGUGUACUCGUCCCAAUCUCCUCACCCUCAAUCUGAAGUCUUCCCGCGUUUUCCAUGUCGGGGAAUGCGUAACCGCUGUUUGUCUGGCUCUGACAACAAUAUUUGAAAUCCUGGCGAUCGGGAUCCACCACAAGAAAGCAUCCUGCGACGUGGGACCAGUGUUGAAGCUGGUCAACGAACAAGUUCGGCAGUACGCGAACUUGUUUCCGGAAUCGCUCAAGUUCCGUCGCGCGACUUACAAGGUCAAGGCGCCCAAGGGCAACGGCGGUUGGGGCGACUACCGGGAUCGCGCUUUGUGCCUCAAUCUCACUGCCGGCAUGUGGACUUGA